UUACCCCGGCGCACGUUAGCCACAACCACCGCGAAGGUUUAAGCGCGAAGCUCAGUUUCACUUUCGCCAUCAUCCUGUGCCAGAAGCUUCCUCCCUACACAAGGGCGAGACUUGCGGUCCGUUCAUGUUCGAUUUCUCCGCAUAUAUUUCAAAUUUCGAGGGCCUUAGGGCAAUAUGGAAAAUAUGCAGUAUGCAGAGGAGCUUGUGAGGGAGUUUCUUGUCUUCAGAGGGUUUACAAAUACUUUACAAGCCUUUGAGAUGGAGUUAUCCACUGAUAUUGGUAAAGGAUUUCAAGUGGACAAAAUAUUAGACUUAAUUUUCUCAGUAUACAUUCCCAAAUUUCAGGCAGAAAAAUUGGUUGGCUUGCUGAGUUUUUUCAAGCAGUGCUUUUCUUCAUCAUCUGAGACUGUACUUAUUGCUACACUAUCAAAAUUGGAGGUAUCUAUUCUACGUUAUUAUAUUGUCCAUGCUGUUCAAUCAGGAAGAAAGGAUGAGAUUGCUGAGUUUUUUCGAAUGUAUGGUACUGACUUGCUGCAAAGAGGCCAGGAUUGGACUCCAUGGUUUGUGAUUCCAUAUUUAAAGAACCCAAGUGUUGAUCCCCAGUUCCGCCUUUACUUUUCAAGGGAAUGGUUUGAUGCCUUACAUCUGUCAAUUAGAAAUUUCUUAAGUGAAAUUUUUAAUGGCACUCGCAUUCCUGCCCUAUUGAAGAUCAGUUCUGAAAAAAAUACAAUAAAUCGCCUCAAGAAAGACAUUAAGCAACUGAAUCUUAAGUUGUCUCAACUGCAGGCUCUAUUGGAAGAAAAAGAGGCUCAGAUAUGCCGAUCCAGGAGUUAUAUUCCAUCAGCAGUGGAAAGAAGUCUUGGUGGAAGUGGCUCAUCAUACUCUGCAAAUGGGGCUCCACUGAGUGGUGCUCAUGAAGAAAGUAUUCUUCCCUCCAGGGAUUAUGAUGAAACUUGUGCUCCUUCAACGUCACAUUUGGGUGAAACGGAGUUGCCUCAGGAUUUGGAUGUUACUGGAUCUGCCAAGAGUUCAGAAUUGACUUCCUCCAAGUCUGAUCAUGGUUCGAGCUCUUCCAUGAAAUCUCAUAUUGGAUAUGGUGGAACAAGUGAUACCUUUCAAACAUUCCAAGAUGGAAUUUAUAUUGAGAAUGGCAGAGAAAUGCAGGGAGAAGAAGAAUUUCCCGAAGUGAAGGUUGACUUCCAGGAGACCUUUUUAGGCCACACAAGUCCAAUCAGUCGAUGCCGCUUCUCUGCAUCUGGAAGAAACAUUGCAAGUGCUUCUGUCGAUGGCACAGUCAGGAUAUGGACAUAUGACUCGUCUACUCCAACAUCUAGAAAUGCAACCAUUUAUUGUGGGGCAGAGAUCAUGUCACUGGACUGGGACUGCAAAUCUGAUCGCUUGCUUCUCAUUGGCACCAAUGAUGGGGGCAUUAAAGCAUGGAAUGUUGAUGCAAAGAGAGUUGUUUGUGAUCUCAACACAACGGAAGCGUUUCCGAGUGUCUUGGAUCUGAAAUGCAGUCCUGUGGAGCCAAUAUUUGUUUCUGCUGCAGCAUCCAGGGGGUAUGGUUCAACUUCUUCUGAUAAACUGGGGUUUGCUUCAUUAACAGUCUGGAACAUGAAGACUUGGAAAGCUAUGUCAGUCCUUCCUCUUGGUGAAGAUCCACCAGCAGUGACUUCCUUAUGCUUCAACCACAAUGGGAAGAUUUUAGCAGCUUCUGCAACUGAUGGAAUGAUUCACAUGUUUGACAUGUCUGCGGGUCUGCAAAUUACUGGCUGGCCUGCUCAUGAUUCUGCCAUUAGCUCUAUUCUUUUUGGACCGGAUGAGACAAGUAUUUUUAGCCUGGGAGCAGAUGGAAAGAUAAUUGAAUGGAGCUUGCAAAACCAAGGUCAAAUUCUUUGGUCAAGAAAUUGUAGCAGAUUCUGCAACCCUGAGAGCUCAAAACAUUGUAGACAUGAAAUGGCUUUAGAUGCUAAUGGGAGGAGGCUAUUGGUAACAUCUGGUUCAGUAAGAUCACCAAUAUAUCAGGUUCGAGGUUAUAUGGAUGGGAUGAGAACACUUCCUCACAGUGCAGCUAUAACAACAGUUGAUUGGCACCCAACCCUGCCUAUAUUUUUGACUGGAUCUGCUGAUAAUUCAGUCCGAGUGACAUCCAUAUCAUAGAGGGAUUCAUCGUAUAAGUCUUUGAGAACAGGGGAAGCACUUGUUGAAAAGUUUGCUAUGAUGCAUCCUACAGCCUCUGCCUGUUAGAUUGUGACGACACAGUGCAGAAUAUUAACUACAGUUUCGGUUGCAAAAUCCAAUUCCAAAAAUGCCGAGUGACUUCGGCCAGUCCUGCUACACUGGACAACUAUCUGGGAAUAUCGCGCCUUAAGCAGCAGCAGCUAAUCAAGAUUUUUUUUUCCCUGGGGCAAAGAGAAACUAGAAUCCCUGAUUGACCAGUCUAAAUUCUUUUUUUUUUUUUUUUUUUUGAAUCUGUUUUUUGCUGUUUUUCUAUUUGUUAGUUGGCAAUUAUAAUUCAAAUCUUGUUGCAGUGUGUGGGUUGAGCGGUUGAUUUCUUGUCGAGGGCAAUUCCCGCAGAAGAGAAAGAAAUGUAGUGUGGGCAUCCCCCUUUCCCAAUGCCUAUUUGUUUUUUAGGGUGGGACUAUGGAUAGCUCUUUAAAGUGGAAGUUGUAUGUAUUUUGAUUUGUUAAAUUUGUAAAAAAGUUAAUUUUUUUCUAUUAA